AUGCACGCGGCAACAUCGGAGUCGGACAUCACGAGCGACGCCCCUUCCGCAUCGUCUCCAAAACCCUACUACGUCGAGAGCCCGUCGCUCCACUCGAAAUCCAACUCCAACGAUGAGACCGAAAAGUGUUCUUCCACCAAUAGCCGUAGUAGCCCUUCCGACUCGCCUUUCUACCCCUCGGGGGCCUCCUCGUCCUCUAGCCGUGUCUCGGGGAAUCGCCGGAGGUGGAACAAGCAUUAUUGCAAUGUGGUGGACGAGGAACGAGUCGGGGCUCCCGAUAAUGAUAAUGAUGACGACGAGGAGUGGUACGAUGAGAGAUUGUGUCAUCGGGCCGUGCUUCUUGUACUAUUUCUUGGAGUGGUUUUUUUCGCGGCGUAUCUCAUUGUUUGGGCUGUCGGAAGAUCGUACAAUAUUCGAGUUGACGUUGAGUGGUUAAAAGUUCACAAUUUGUAUGUCGGGGAAGGGUUGGACCGGACCGGUGUCCCGACCAAGUUGAUUACAAUUAAUUGUUCGGCUCACAUCGUCAUUUAUAAUUCGGCCACUUUUUUUGGCGUUCAACUCAGCUUCCCCGCAGCAAAUCUCCUCUUGUCUCAGCUUAGAAUUGCGACGGCCCAGGUAAAGAGAUAUUACCACCCGAAGAAAAGCUGGCGGGCGAUGCGGGUAGCGUUGGUGGGGCACAGUGUUCCGUUAUACGGGACAGGAGCGUUGAUGGAACCAUCGUACAACGGUCACAAUGGUAUUCCUUUAACGUUGGAACUAAGCAUGGAAUCGAGAGGAUAUCUUGUGGGGAAGUUGGUUAAGACAAAGCACACUAUACGCGUCUUGUGUCCGUUGUUCAUCCAUUUUGAACGACGUAUCGAUCAAUUUGUUUUCUUGCACAACUCUUGCAUGUAUAUAUGAUAAUUGUUUUUUUG